CACCGACGAACCCCGUUGACCUUCUUCCCUCCCUCCGCUGCUCACUUCUUCACCAAGACCCCCCGUUCGAUUACUCUACGCCAUUCAUAUAUCGCUUGCGAUGACCUGAGAUGGUCUCACUUGGUGGAGGAGGCGGUUAAAGUAGUCCGCCCGGUUUUCCUACAAACAUACAUACAACGCGAAACACCUUCCCUUUUGGCGUCCAGCGCAACCGUGACUCGCUCUUGCCUUUAGUUCUUCAAUUUGGAAUUUUCAUCGAAGCCACAAUAUCCAUUCACCAUGGCGCAGCCCCAGCAACAACACUUGACGCAGUCAUUUUCCCCGCCGGUUUCCUCACCUUCACCUGGUGCCCCAUCGCCUGUAAAUGGUGGUGUCCCUCCACCUCUCAAGCGUCAACGUCUCUCACCUCUCCCCCAGUCCCAGUCCCCUUACGCCUCACCUAGCUUCGGGACUUUACAACUGCCACAACACCAGCCCGCUCCUAUGACUACACCGACCAUGAACAUGAACGGCGUCCCCCAGACUCCCGCUCCUCCUCCACCUCCACCUCCAGGCGCGAUGGGGCCUCCUUCUCGACCGGCAGACAAGGCUACCGAUGCUGCUGAGCUCACAGAUGUGCUAGCAUCAUCAGGAAUUGAUGUCCGGGAAGAGGAGGCCUACUUGACGAGCAGUUACUCUGGUCCUCCGGUGCAGGCUCAACAACCACCUCGCCCUCAACAGCCACAGAUCCCGCAGCAACAACCUCAACAGUCGGUGCCACCUGCUGUCAACACCUCGUUCACAUCACAAACAUCGACAAUCGGGAGCGUUCCUACGACUCCUAGUUUUGAACAACCUUCCCCAUAUAAGCCGGCGACGACGCAGGAUUCCUUCUACAGGGAGCCGUCGACGCAGCCUCCUGCGCCUUUCAAGGAUCCCAAUGAGCCGACCCGCGAAGACACUGAGGCAGCUCGGCGCGCGCAGUAUACUCUACAAGACUCUUUCUUGUGGACUAAGGUAUUGGAGCAGAGGCUGCAGAAACGUGGAUUCGAACUCGGAGUCCGUAUACCGGCAGAGGGCCUGUAUCAUCCCGUGCCCGGUCGCCAACAACCUAUCGAAGUCACUGGACCAGAUGGAUCAUCGAUCAUACGUUCCGGGCAAACAAUCUUGAACCAGACCGGCGCACCUCUAUUGGACAUUCUCAGCUUAAUGUCCAUCGCAUGUGAAGAGCGGUUGCGAACGGUGGUCGAUUAUUCUUCAACACUGGCUCGAAGUCGACGCGCACACUCACACGGAAUUGUCCCCACCGAUUGGAAGGACGUUGCUACAUCGGCUAAUGCUGUCAAUGGGAAUGUGGAAAAUCCUAGCACACCACUUAAGCGCCCGCUAUCAGCAACCGAACCGCAGGGUACCAAAGCACUGUCGGAGAAGUAUCGUCUACUUAUGGACAAGGACAAUUCCAGCGAAGAGGCCCGUGCUGCGAAACGUACCAGACGCAGCACGAAUGCCAUCCUUGGAGAAGGGGGAGCGAGCCGAUCGGAAUCCGUGGAUAUCCCUGGCUCCGGCGCCUCCACACCGAUCGGAGAGAGAGCCCCUAGUAUCGAUAAGAAGGGAAUGUCGAAGAAGGAAGCUAAGAAGCUGAUGGAUGCCAAGGCGAGCGAGGCUCAGCAACAUCAGCAGUCGGUAGAGACCGCGCGCCUGGCUACUAACAGCAUGCUGUCUGGUCGCAUGUUUGGAACCAAGAAAUCUUACUCGUGGCUAAAUCGUGGUGCAGCAGCUGGCAGUGGAUUCUCCACGCCGUCCCGCGUCAACACUGCCACGCCGCCUGCGAGCACGGACAAACCCGGACGUUCCGGUGAACCUGCCGCCGUGCCUGCAAAACGUCUGGGAACAUGGCGAGAAGACAAAGACAGAGGCGCCGGCAUUCAGGUCCGGGAUGUUCUGUUUAUGCUGGAGCUGGAUGGCAGAGGCCCUCGACACGUACAAAAAGCCUACUCGAAGGAUGUGAAGGAGGAUCGAGCGGACUGAGAUUACCUGGCAUAUGUCGCUCCAGCGGUUUGUAAUUCCGUUUUGGGUUCCAUGCUGUGACUGCGCAGGAUCGUGGUUACUUGGCAAGGUGGCAUACUCCGCAGUGCUCGCAGUUGGUGUUUUUACCAUUCAUUGUAUGUGCAUUUGCCCAUUUCUUUUCGCAUCCGAUUGUGAGGUCCCGGACUAUUGUCUGAGUGAUACUCAAGCAUCCGAAUCUCUUCCUUUCUUCUAAGUUUACUACCCCCUGUUUAAUUGCCCCGGGUCUCUGCCCGAUAUUUUAUGUGGAUGUAUUACCUUUUUUCAUACCCGUGUGUUACGGAGGGACACCAGGGUAUUGCUAUUGCGAUCCGCUUGCUUCAUCUCCUGACCGACGGCAGUGAGCAGCAAACGCCAUUUCAUGAUGCUUCUGAGAAUUGUCGGACAAUCCAGUGACGUAUUGUCUGGAAGACGGCAAUUUGACGCCUCGUGAAUAGUUGGCUCUGCCAGUGUGCCACGGGGGGAAGAGAGCGAAACGAAAGAAAUGAAAGAAACGGCAUGGGCAGACUACGUCUCUCCGUGUAGUACUCGGUCACCGCAUUUCAUACCUUUGAAAUGAUAUGACAUAUUUGCCUAGCAGACUGACC